AUGGUAUCCAUCAAUCCCACCACCCUAUUUCUUGCUGCCAUAGCGAUCGGCAACGUUAACGCCUGGACCUGGACGCACUGCACCAAUGCAGAACGAUGUGUUGCCGGAUCUAACCCAAACGCCAGCGGCGGCACAACCGGAGGAAAUAAGAACAUGCCCUCAACAGGCUCGAGGUUCAGCUAUGCAGGGGGCUACGUAUUUGUUGCCGAUUCGUGCACCAACUUCUCUUACCAGGGUAGUGACGGUUAUUGGUACUCGCACGAGAAGGACGGGCUAUUCGUUUCGCCCGCUGGCUAUAUGCGCACUGCUCAUGAUUGCAACCUACUUGUAAUUGAUAGCAAGUCGCAGACUACUGGAAUUACCUGGUGGUGGAAGCAUAAUGGGGGCGACUGCUGUCUCCCCGAUGAAGUCGGUACAAACAUUUUUAACAUUGAGGCCUAUUACACUGGUGCACAGUAG